AGCCUUCUUGGCCCGCCCGGCACUCGUAGCCGCCCCUUUCCCGAGAGGCCAGUCUGCGCGGCGGCCCCGGUUCGAGUCCCCGCGUCGGACGCCAUGGCGGGCUCCGAGCCGGGGCCCCCGGGCCGGAGCGGCGGCUCCUCGCGCCUGGCCCCGCUGGGCCCGGAGCAGCUGCGGCGGGUGCUGGAGCAGGUGGCGCAGGCGCGGCCGCCGCCCUCCGCCCCGCGGGCCGCCCCGCAGCCGGGGCCCCGCGCCCAGCUCGCGCGCCCGCCGCCGCCGCCGCCGCCGCAGCAACUGGGACCCAUCUGUGUCACGGUAAUUUCUGGAGACACGAGAGGUCAGGAAAGGCCGAAGCCCCAGCUGGCCACCGUCCAUCCCGGGACAGCCCGGCUGGGCCAGCCGCCCGGAAGGCCCUGCCAUGUGUUGGGGCUCAGCGUCGCCAGCCCUCGGCUGCUCAGGGCACAGCCUCCCCUGAGCACUGGGCCGCAGCCUCCUGUCCAGGUGCUGCUCCAGAGGCCACUGCCCGCCAUCCAGCUGGUCCCUACGGUGAGGCCUGUGGCCCCCCAGGCGCCAGAUGGACCGGGCGCCACAUCCACCCCUCGGGCAGCCUCCGGCCCACCGGCAGCAACAUCUGUGUCAUCCAGUUCAGCAAAUUUAUUUAUUUCCAACUUUCAUACAAAACACACUGAGAAACUAAAGAAAUCUUUGAAAGUGAAAACACGCUCUGGGCGGAUCUCUCGACCUCCCAAGCACAAAGCCAAAGAUUAUAAAUUCAUAAGGAUGGAGGAUCUGGCCGACAGCCACCCCUCCGACUCGGACGAUUAUUCGGAACUGAGUGUGGAAGAGGAGGAGGAGCAGAGGGACAAGCAGGCACUCUUUGACUUGCCGAGCGGCUCCCUGAGGCCCCGAGCCUUCCGGUGUCAGGCGUGUGGGAAGUCUUACAUCGGGAAGGGCGGGCUGGCCCGGCACUUCAGACUGCAGCCGGGCCACGGCCAGCCCCAGCCGGAGCCCCAGCCGGAGCCGGCACUGUCUGAGGAAGCCACGGGGAGCUCGGCCCGGGGCUGUGCGGAGGGCAGGCCCCGGGGUCCCGCGUCCCCGGGGCGGGCCCCACCAGCUCCUCUGAGAGCCGGAGGGGCCCGGCCGGCUCGGGGCAGCCUGCAGAACGGUGGGCCUAUAGAAGCGGAAGAGGCGUCGGUGUCGGAGCCAGCAGAUGGACGGCACUCGGCCCUUUGGGAGUCAGAGAGACACCCAGGACCGGAAAGGGGCUACCCCCCGGCCCCCGAGGGCCGGAGCCGGGCUGCCAGGAGCAGAGCCGGGCUCCGGGAGGUUCUGCAGCGGUGCGCGCGCGCGGACCUCGUGGAGCUGGCGCUGCCCCGGCUGGCGCAGGCCGUGACCGUGUACCAGUUCCUCCUGAAGAAGGCUGAGCGCGGCCGCCCGGCACAGCCCGCGUUCCCAGCCGUGUACAGGGAGUUUGAGGAGCUGCACCAGGCGGUGAAGCAGAUGUGUCAGCACUACCUCCGGGACCCCAGCCCGCGCUCCCAGCCCCUGGAAGUCAAGGCCCCCGAGGUGGCCGAGUCCCUGGGGAUCACGGAGGAAUUCCUGCGCAAGGAAGACACGCGCCCCGGUGGCAUUGGACACACGUGCAGCGGCCAAGAGGCGGCCAGCCCGCCGAAGAGGGAGAACGCGACGGCAGAGGCGGCACAGGCUUCAGCGAAAAGGACCAGAGGGGCAGCUCUGCCCCAGGAGCCCCCCGAGGCGUCGGAGCGUCCGGGCGGCCAGCACGGGUGAUGCCAAGGUGGCCACUACGCCUCGGGCUCAGCCUGCUUCUCAGGGCCUCGCCUCGCCUCCCCCUCCUGUCGCUCCAGGCGUCCCAGGAACCCCCAGGCCCUGGAGGUUUCCUUGGGUCCCGCGUUGAAGAGCCGCCGGGUGGUGGGUGGUGGGUGGUGGGCGGUGGGCCAGGAGGGGCCCCAGCACCCGAGCCUGGUGCCAGCUGAGCUGGAGCAUUUGCAGCCGAGACGCCUUCUGGCUCUUAGUCCUGCCGAGUGGGCACCUCGAACCCGGGCAUGUUAGAACCUCGGGAAACUCCUAAGGGCCAGCUUGGCAGGCCGCCCGCUGGUGCGGGUGUGACUCGGAGGCCUCUCCGUGUCCGCAGUCAGGGAGGGGGGCGCGUGGGGGGGGGGGCAGGUUCAUUCGUGAGAACCGGGGAAACGGACCCGCGGGACCCAGCUCCCUGCCACGUCUGCCUGUCCUCACAGCUCCAUCCAGCCUGCGCCGGGAGCCGAGCCUGUCCUGGUACAGCGGACGUUCACGGCGCAGCGCCCGGGGCAGGCAGCCGCGGUGACUCCCGUUUCCCUCCCC